AUGAUCUCGACCCUGGUCGUCGGGCCCUUCACAAUUGAACCAGUUCAUGCCUCACUUCAUCUGGCAACAUUUCCCACUGCCCUUUCAAUUCCACCGCUAUUCAUGCAACCACCGGGCCCUCAUCAUGUUCUUGUAUCGGAGAAGAAAGCCGAAGGAAGCUUGCUUGCCGGUUCCCAAGCCCAUAGCAAUGAUGCGACCGUUUCAAGCAUUCAGAACCCCAAAGAGGAGGACGGCAGAGCCACAGACGUCCACGCCAGCACUGGUCAUCUCCACGGCCUACGCCUGUGGAUGGUAACCACUCUUAAUGCCACCAUGCUCUUCCUGGUACAGACGGAAAUCUUUAUUGUGACCACGUCACUGGUCGCUAUCGCCGGGGAACUUGGCAACUUCGACACAGCGAGCUGGAUUCUGGCCAGUUAUUUCCUGGGCUAUGUCAGUUUCGUUGUCAUCGUGGCGAAGCUGAGCGACAUCUUCGGCCGAAAGCCAGUAUACGUCCUGUCCAUCUUUAUCUUUACCCUCUUCUCGGGCGCUUGUGCCGCCGCUAGAACUAUGCAGCAGCUUAUUAUUCUACGCGCCUUUCAGGGUUUGGGCGGUGGUGGUAGUUACGCUCUUGCCACCAUUCUUACCAUCGAGAUUGUGCCCCCGGAAAAAUAUCCAGUCCAAAUGACCUACAUGGGUAUCGCAGUCAUGCUAGCCUUGGUCUUGGGGCCCAUAGCUGGAGGCGGUACCACCUCUGUAACAACCUGGCGGUGGAUAUUCCUCUUCAACGUGCCAGUCGGCGUCGUAGGUCUCGCAUUGGCCGUUGUGGGCAUUCCGCCUGGCUUCCCCCAUGACCAAAAGUCAGUUCACCGCAGCAAAUUGCCACCGCCUUCCCGACCUCUAGCCAGGCUAGACAUACCUGGCUGUGUGUUGCUUCUUCUAGCUACCAUGUCUAUAGCUGCUGCCUUCCAAGAAGCCGGUUCACGGUUUUCAUGGGGCUCUGCUUACUUCAUUACCCUUUUGGUGGUCUCUUUUCUGCUCUGGCUUGCACUUGUGAUCUGGGAACGUCAUGUGACGCUUUCAAACGCCAUCCGUGAGCCCGUUCUGCCUUGGCGCUUUCUCACCAACCGCGUCAUGAUGGGCGCAUUGCUGGGUAUUAUCCUUCAAGGUGGACCUUUAACUGUGACGAACCUACAAAUUCCUCAAAGAUUCCAGCUGGUGAGCGGGCUGUCCAGUUUGGACGCUGGUGUGCGACUUAUACCAUUUGGAGUUGGACUCUCAGCGGGGACAAUACUCAGCGCCAAUAUGGCUAGACGAUCUAAGGUACCACCGGUCUACUCUGUCAUUGUCGGGGCAUUACUGCAAGUUCUUGGUUAUGCACUUCUGGCUUCCAGUGGGUCAUACGUCGCCGUUCCCCCUGCCGUGUAUGCGUACCAAGUCAUAGCUGGUCUGGGCUGCGGUAUAAGUUUUCAGACACUCAUUCUGGCCAUUCCCGCUGUGUCUGAGAAGCGCGAUCAUGCUGUCGGGAUGGGGGCAGCGAAUCAGUUUCGCGCUAUUGGCAGCACGAUCAUGGUGGCUGUGACCACGGCUCUCUUUAACGGCUUUGUCUUUCCUCAGCUGUCAGCGCUGGGAAUGUCUGAUCCUAAUCGUGUUAUAGAAACAUACAGUCAGAACGAGAAAGAAAUAUCGCCAGAACUAUGGGAAGAGGCAAGACAUAUUCUGUCCCAAGGCUACAGUCGCCAAAUGUACGCCCUCGUCGCCUGCGGCGCCGCUCAAGCUGCCGCUGCGUUGCUUCUAUGGAAGAAAAGUACGACAAAAAUCCCUGUGGAAGAUGGUGAUGCAAGUUCAAGACAAGGUCCCAAAGAAGUCGGAGAACGCAGCGCAGGCAAACUCACCGCCCCCUAG